AUGACGGAAAAAACGCUCGUUUUGGAGGGUCUCCCAGACGACCUAGACAAAAUCAGACCCAAGUUGGAUUUGCACUUCAAAAACAAAAGAAAGUCUGGAGGAGAGACAUUACAAAUUCAAGACUAUCCUGGGGACAAGAGGAAGGCUUUGCUCGUUUACCAUGAAGAUGCAGGUAAUUAUUUAAAUUUGUCCUAAUACAAAAUAUUUAGGCCAAUGAAUAAAGACACAUCCAUGACGGUCUAUCUGUGUUUAGUAACUUGGUGGUUCGAGCCCUGAAUGCUGAUUUGGCUGAAAGCCGUGGUCUAUGAGACCAUAUACCAGGUGUAUGACAAAACCUAUAUUUGCAAUGUUCUAAUUACGUUGGUAACCAGUUUAUAAUAGCAAUAAGGCACCUCGGGGGGUUGUGGUAUAUGGCCAAUAUACCACGGCUAAGGGCUGUAUUCAGGCACUCCGCAAUGCGUCGUGCCCAGAACAGCCCUUAUCAGUGGUAUUUAAGUGAUAAUGCCAGAGAAGCCGGUGUUUGGAGGAUAUAUUGGCACGGGUGUUGUUAGGCCCGAGACAAAAUUGAGAGCUGGCAAACCGUGCCAAUAUAUUCAGCCAAACACCGGCUUUGAGGACAAUAUCACUUUUAUACAACAGGUUACCAACAUAUUGAUAUAAUGAUUUACAUAUUUUCAUUAAAAAUGUUAUUUCGAUGAAUUUAUUCAUACUAUUUCCUCUUUCCAUAAGGUAUAGUCCCGACACAAAUCUAGGGUUGCUACCCAAGCAGGCUGGUCAUUCGUUCUAUUGGUUCGGUUGCUAGAGAUGCGACCCAGUCAUUCAGUCUUUUUGUUCUGUAACUAUGGACGCAACCCAGUCGUUUGUUCUAAAUGGUCCAUUGCCCUUGGUUGCUAGCGCUCCAAACACCAAAUGAAUUUAGUUCAGUAAUGUAACCUGUGUCUUAGGAGCCACACAACAAGUUUUUGUAAGAUAAGUAUGUAAUGAUGGUCUGUCAUUUCUUCCUCAGUUCUGCAGAAAGUAUUGGAUAGAAAAUGCCAUAAAAUUGAUUUCAAAAUCCCUUUUGGGCUGGUUGAGCUUCAAGUGAAACUGAAGGAAGAUGGGGGUGAAACAGAAGUGAAGAAAGUUAAACCACCAGUCUUCCCUCGCCCUACAAAAGACAAACUUAUUUCUCUAGGAAAGUUUUCACCUAACAUUGAAGAAAAGGUGAUUCUUUAUGUAUUGCUUAUAUUGUAUCAAGUUAGAGUUGGCUAUAUACAGCAUUACAGCAUUUUGACCUACUAAUGUGUUUUCUCUCUGUCUUUGUUUGUGAUGUAUCAGCAAGCGUCAGAGAGUCUAGCGGGUAAGAUUCAUAUUCAUACAUUUACAUUUAAGUCAUUUAGCAGACGCUCUUAUCCAGAGCGACUUACAGUUAGUGAGUGCAUACAUUCUUCUUUAUACUGGCCCCCUGUGGGAAUCGAACCGUUGCAAACACCAUGCUCUACUGAGCUACAUCCCUGCCGGCCAUUCCCUCCCCUACCCUGGACGAAUUGUGCGCCGCCCCAUGGGUCUCCCGGUCGCGGCCGGCUACGACAGAGCCUGGAUUCGAACCAGGAUCUCUAGUGGCACAGCUAGCACUGCGAUGCAGUAUCUUAGACCACUGCGCCACUCGGGAGACACAUAAAUAUACUUAAAGUUGCACUAUGCAGAAAUCGCUCCGCCAUUUCCUGGUUGCUAAAACUCUAAUAGUUUGCCUAAUUUCAGUUUAUGUGACAAAAUAAACUAGCAUAGUGUAGAGAAUCAUUGUACCAUCUAAACUACUGUGAAAAAAAUUGCCCAAAAAGUUACAUAUUGGCACUUUAAUAAGAUAUUAAAUCAAUAGGGAAAUCACAGUACUGUUCAUUCUGUGUGUCUGUUUAUUUUUCAGAUUCAGUGACGGAUGAUGACAUAAGAUUACUGCUUGUCAGAACCACCAAGGAAUGCGAAAAGGAACUCCUUAACUUGUAUUUUGAGCAGUUUGCUUCAGAAGAAGGGGUCAGCAUUACCAGACAUGGAAAGAAUAGCUGGAUCCUCAAACUGUCCUGUCAGUCAGGUAAGGAGACUCAUAUAAAUAGCAUUUUCUUUCUGGAAUUUACUGUAUGUGGGAGUUGUUAACCACUUGUAUUUCUUUCAGUGUAGUCAGUGUACAUUUCAACUUUGUACCUGUCAGGAUAAGCACUGAUGUAAUUAGAUAAUCUAUGAUACUUGUGUAUCAUUCAGAGGUUACUUUGCUUUGACUGUAAAAUACCAUGAGUCAUCUCAGCUGGGAAUAGGGAUCAUAAGGAAAUGAUUCCUUCUCGGUCACUAGAACGCAAUGGCUGCUAUUUAAAAAUAUACAUAUGUUGCCUUUUUUUUCUAGUGCGUCAUUGUAUCUCAGAUAAUUUACAUUGUUACAUGUGAUGACAUUGUUUGAUUGUUUGAUGACAUUAACAUUGUUACAUGUGAUGACAUUGUGACGUGUCAUCUACUUAUAUCAUCAAGUGAACAUUACAUUAGUUUAUUUCUUGAGUCUGCUUGAUCAUUCAUGCCCACCAAUAAAUACAGUACCUACUACCUCCUCUCAGAUGCAGAGAAAGUCCUUGCCAAGAAGGAACAUCAGUAUGGCAUUUCUGUGGAGGUGUACAACGAGACAGCUGUUGAAGGGAAACUGGACAACAGACGCUUCGUCCUGACUGGGUUCAGUGAGACCUGCAAGUGCGACAUUGUCUCUCUUUUCAUCGGCAGCUGCAGCCAAGGGGCUGACCAUGCCUGGGAGGCCCUGGACGAUGGAGAAAGAGUAGUGGUCACCUUCAAACAGGACAUUGGUGGGUCCACAGAUACAUCAAAAAGAUGUAUACACAACAUCACUAAUACACCAUUAAAUGAAGUUGUAUGACCAAACAAUGGUAUACAAUACUAAUCUAACUAUCAAUGUUCUGCAGACAUAAAUUCCUUCCUUAGGAAAUGCUUGUCAAAGAAGUUCCAGGGCAUGGAGAUUGGGGCCUGCCGUUUAGAGCUGACAGACUCUGUCCUUGUCCAGGGGGACAUGAGACAAAUCAAAGGAGGAGUGGAGGAGGCCCUCAAUCUCUACUUCUCCAGCAGGAGGAGCAGAGGAGGAGAUAUCAAGUCCCAGAUCUGGGUUACCAAGGGCAAGAGCGUGGUCAUCACCUUUGAAGACUGUCAUGGUAGGGCCCUUUUCAAUGACAUUAUGCUCUAGAAAUGAUGUUGUGUGUAGGCCUACAGUUGUAUCAAUAGUUGUAUAUGCACAUUGUAUAUUAUGCAUUUCAAAGCGUAAUGUGUUACCUCCGUGUGCUAUCCUGGUAUUUCCAAACUGUUACAAUUGAUAAACUUGGAAAUACAAGAUAGUGUUAAAGUCCUCUUCCUGUCUCCUUUUCACCUCCAUUUAACACCUGAUUUACUUAACAAAAUGGACAUCUCAAUAGGUGGUCCAGGUAUGACAUGAAAUGGCAAAAGUGGAGGGCUGGGCCUUUCCUCUUUUGUUCUCUAUUGCUCAUGUUGUUCCCCAAGCAAAGGGGGGAGGCUCUCCUGUUGUUCCUCAAGCAAAGGGGGGAGGCUGAUGACCUCUCAUCUGACCAUCAGACCAACUCCUUGAAUGCCCUACUCCUUGAAGUUUGCAGUUGUAAAAAAAAACAUUUUGCUCAAAACAUAUAUUUUAUUACCUUUAGUGUGUACUUUACAGUAUUUAUACUUGGAAUAUCACUUUUCAACAGGAAAAGUAGAAAAAUCGCUGGAUGACAUCUUUAAGGCAAUUUAGUAGUAAUUCAUUCUGUCCCCUGUUCUCCUUGUUCCAGUUGCCCAUCAGGUGGCAGAACACAAGCACCAUUUUGGUGGGGUCGACCUCAUAGCUCAGCUGUUCUACCCCAAACUGCAGAAGGCUUUGACGGGACAAACAGCCCUCCUCCCAGACAUCCCCACAAAAGUGACCCUUCCACUCAGCACGGAACUCCUCGACUUCAUUAACUGUGACGAAACCCGCAAGCAGGAAAUUACAACUGUACUCCGUAGGGUCCAUGCUAGCGUCUCCUUCAACACGACUACAGAACCCCCUCAGAUGGAACUGGACAUGACCAUGGGGAAUGAGUCUUUGGGCAUGCUCAGAUUGUUCCCUACAUGGGAGAGGAAAGCCCGGAGAGAGGCUCUGGCCUUGCUAGAGAAAUAUAAAGAGGUUCAGCAGCCCAUAGAGGUGGAGGUCUGGGAAAGGAUCGAGAGCAGUUGCCUUGGCCUCAAAUCCCAUGGUGCUAGCAUCUCUUACAGGAGCACCAGUGCUGAGAUAGUGGUGGUGUGUGUGCAGAAUGAGGUGAAGACCCUAGUGGAGAAGAUUGCACACAUGGUGAAAAAAGCUAGGGAUGAGCUUGAGAGGGAGAGGAACACGGUAUUAAGAAAGAUCCCACUGGACUCCAAGGAAGAGCUUGAUUUAAUUUGUGAUCUCGUCUCUGGUAAACUAGUUGACGUAGGGUUUUCUAAAGAUGAAGAAAGCUUUAUCAUCUGCCUAAAGGGUUUGGAGAACCAGGUGAGCACAGCAGAAGGUGCCGUCAAAGAGGCCCUGGGGAACGUUGAAGCCAAACUCCUUGAUAUAUCAAUGCCUCUGAUGGAGUUCUUAAAGUCUGUGGACCUGAAGAAGUUUGAGAAGAACCACUUUGCCCAAAACAACAUAUCGUCUGUGUUCCUCCUUGGUGAUGAUUCCAUCCAGAUCCUGGCAAAAAGAACUGACAUCCAGAGAGCUGAAGACAAACUACACGAGGUCAUCAAAGAGGAAGUCAUCAAACUCACACCAGACCAAACCCAUGUGACAAAGGGCGAACAAUGGCUGCAGUUCUAUGCCGGGCUCAAUGGUGAGCUCAAAUCCACCAAGAACAACCACAAUGUCAGCAUCUCAGUAUCGCAGGAGAAGAUUGGUGUCUGUGGAUUCUCCAGUGUGGUAGCAGAUGUGUCAGGGAAGUUAAGGGGAUACCUGAAUAACAAGAAGCCAGAAACAGCGGACGUCCCUCUCAAAUCAGUGCAGGAAGUACAGUAUGUGGCCUCUUGUAUGAACCUCUCAGAGGUCCCUGAAAUCAAGGCCCUUGGUGUGACUAUACUGCCAUGCAAAACACAGGGAUCCCCUUGCCUGAAGAUCACUGCAGCGAGCGAUAAAAUCAAAGAGGCCUUAGAGGCAGUGAAACAGCGGGUCAGUACAAUAACGACGGAGAAGUACACAUUCUCCGAAGCCGGCAAGUCCAAAGUCCUGGAGAAGAACCAAGUGGCUCUGCAGGCUAAGGCCAAGGAUUUAGGGUGUAAGCUCUAUCUAUCACCAUUGAUUACACACUGCCAGAAAUACAGCUACGACAUAGAAGGGUGCGUCACUUUAACCGUGGGUCAGGGUAACAUCUCCCAACAUGCUGCAGAUGCUCUGAUCUGCCCUCUGAGCAGUAGCCUGACCUUUGAUACUCCGAUCGCCAAGCAAUUCCUUCAGAUGGGUGGGCCUGGGAUCAGGAAGGUGUGUGACAAGUUCCUGAAGGAGAGGCAGACUCUACAGGCAGGAGAUGUGGUCUUUUCCAACCCAGGAACGCUUGGAGCUCAACACCUCAUCUAUGCAGGCAUUCCUGUAUGGGGGAAGGCCUCCACACCUCUCAACACUGUCUAUCUGCAGUCUGCUGUCAGGGACAGUUUACUGGGAGCAGAAAACAAGAAGUGUGUCUCCAUAGGCAUGCCAGUGAUGGGGUGUGGCGCCUUUGGUUUUCCUGUCAAAGAAAGCUGUGUGGCAAUUAUCAAGGGAAUCCUUGAUUUCAUCUACGCUGAUCAGAACCCCCCCCAACUGAGGAGCAUAUUUGUGAUCGACUCCGACGCCAAGAUAGUGGGGGAGUUCCAAUCAGCCAUUGAAGGAAAGGUAAGUCUGCUUCUCCACAUAGCAUUCCAUGUUGAUCCAGUUGGACAGGUGUUGAUCCAGUUGGACUGGUUUCUUGUUGAUUUAUAAUGCCACCCGGCUCUACCUGUGAUGAACAUACCAAGUCAAACCUUGGUACAUUCAUGGGUGUGAUUGAAGAGGAAAUGUGCAGUGUCAUUUGUAAAUGGGGUCAAGUAUUCCCGUUGAAAGUGAAACCUCUUUUUGUCCUGCUUAAUUUAACAGGGUUAUUGUCGACAACAAAAAAACAGCAAACCAGCAACAGGCACGACUCCAACUGCUCACUCUGCAGCCACUGCCUCACAUAACACACCUCCACCACCACCCCUAGCGGCUAAACCAGGCUCAGACAUCAAAGGUUAUUUCCUUCAACCAUACAUUUUUGUAUCAUCACACCAUAAAGAUAAAUACUGCAGGAAACCUAAAGCAUGCCGUGUCCUCACUCAGACUUCUGUCCUCUAUUAACAGUGAUUAUAGGUGGCGUGUCAGUGAUCCUGAAGAAGGGAGACAUCACCAAAGAGACAGUGGAUAUCAUAGUGAAUUCCAACAACCAAAAUCUGAAUCUGAACUCUGGUAAGUGUCAGUUUCAAUGUUUACAAUUAGGCAAAUUAUCUUGAUUUAGACUUUUAGGUUUUAGUUCAGGUUAGUCGCAAGUCUUUAGAGGGGUCUGAACUUACUGAUUUAGUCUCGGUUUCAAUCGUCCUCAUUAGGAAAUAAACCUGAGAACGAGAUUUGGGUCUUGGAGGUGUGCUUUGAUGUGGGUGUCUCUUGUGUGUGUUCGCACAUGGGAAGCGUUUCUACAUUCACUCUGCCAAAACAGUACACAGUUACAGUCACUCACCCUUCUAGAUAACUUAAAAACAGUCUAACCAGGUCUUGUGUCUGGAAGUAGCCUAGGUUAGCUAGCAAAUUUAUUUCGCCAAUUAGCUUCAGCCGGCCGGUGCACGACCGUGGCAAAGUUGGUUUGACUUUGGAUAGCCUAUCUGUGGGGCUAGUCAGUAUAUUACACAAUGUAAAUGGGACAAUAUUUUCAUGUUACACACACCUGUUAGUUUUCUCAUUAAAUUCUUUCAAUAUUUGUAUAUUAAUUUCUACAAAUUAUAUAGUUGGUUUGAGGCUUUUAUGUCAUUGCAAUUUGGAGCUAUUGACAUUUUUUAAAAAUACUGUCCCAUGUACAUUGUGUAAUUUACUGAUGGUCCCUAACUAGCCCCAUAGGGAUAUCCAAAGUGAAACCAAUUUGACCAUGGUCAGUGUGCUGGGCAUUAUGAUCAGUCGUGUUCAGCUGCCCUCCGAAUUGAUGAUUACUUGUGUGCUGCCGGCAUGUGGGCAGGAUUGAAAUAAACCCAAUCCAAGGAAAACCGUUACGUACCCUUCAUUCCGUGACAUACCCUUUUUUCCUAAUAACCUCUAGGGCCGGGAUGAUACCAGUAUGCAAAACCCAUUAGUAUUGUGGCAAAGAAACAACAUACGAAGCAAAUUUAACUUCUUUAGGAAAACAGCCCUAAUGUUUGAAACGAUGUCACGCCUUGACAUAGAGUUGGCUAGUUGGUGAGUCAGGGUGUUAACAUUCUAUGUGUGGGAAUUUCUAUGUGGACAUUCUAUGUCAUUACAUUUCUAUGUUGGCCGGGUGUGGUUCCCAAUCAGAGGCAGCUGUCGAUUGUUGUCUCUGAUUGGGGAUCAUACUUAGGUAGCCAUGUUGCCUACCUUAGUUGUGGGAUCUUGUCUUGUUUGGCUUGUUGUGAGUAUAGCCCAUAGGACUUCACGUUACUUUUGUUGUUUUGUCAAGUGUUCAUCUUCUUUAAUAAAUAUGUACGCAUACCACGCUGCACCUUGGUCUGACCCGUCUCUCAACGAUCGUGACAAACAAACAAACAUUAUGUUGUCAUCCAGAGUCACAUGUAUUUAUUUUCCAAACUAUAGCACACUAUUUUACAUACAGCAGGUUUAUAAAGGAACAAAGAGUUUGGUCUGCUUCCUGUUUUCAUUUUGAUACAGGUAUCCUGACAGCCUAAUAAUCUCACAAAUCUCAGUUUUGGAGGAGACUGACUUUAUUUACACUUUGUGGUCAAUCUUGACACUAUAAUAACUGUUUCAGACUCCUAUCGAUGCCACAUCGGUCGUUUUCAACCAGAAAAGUAGUUUUUUGAUUCUCACUCUUUAACAUAUCUCAUACUCUGACUCUGGCAGGUGUUUCUGGAGCUAUCCUGAAAGCAGCUGGGGAAUCUGUAGCAGAUGAAUGCAAAAUAAUUGGUUGAGUAUUAUUUUAUUAAUUCAGUCUUUAUUUGUCCAGAAAUUAAAGUGCAUUGAGGUUUGUAGAAUUGAUUUUGUGUGCCAAUUUCCCCAGGUAUGCUGAAGGCCGAUGGUGUUGUGCUCACACGUGGUGGGGACCUAAACUGUAAAAACAUAGCUCAGAUGGUUGGGCCCAAGAAUUCUGCAGAUAUCACCACCUCCAUAGAGAAGGUCUUUCAGCUGUGUGAGAUCCAGAAGGCAGCCACAGUGUCCAUCCCUACUAUUGGCACAGGUGAUUUAACUGAAAUGUAGUGUAAAACUAAAAGUUCCAUUCCAGUGUCACUUGUAUUGAUUAAUCAAUACAUUUACUGAUUUCAAUUGAUCUAUUUAUCACUUUGGAUGGUGAUGUCUUAUGCUUUAGGACAAUGUGGCAUUGAACCCAAAGAUUCCAUCAAGGCCAUUCUAAAAGGACUGGAGAGCCACACGUCACAGAUGCCCUCAUCCAGCAUCAAAAUAAUUUUCAUAGUGGCCUUUGAGCAGAAGAUCUUUGACUCCUUGAGAAAUUACUUUCAAAAAAGUAACCUGCGCCCACACAAAAUCAAGCAGGUAGAUUUCAUUUGACUAAGGCUCAAUUGGACAUGUUCUGUUUGGUUGAUGAGUGUGAUAAUUAGAGGUUAUUGGUUUUACCUAGGCUGCAUCCACACCUUCUCAGUACAGUCUUCCCCCAAAUCAAGGUUGGAUUUUGAUAUAUCUUUGUUUACAUUUUAAAUGAAUUCACAUUUUUCAACAUUUCAUAGGUUGUUGUCAUCAUCACAAUAAUGUUUGUCUGUGAAAUGUUUACCUUUUCCGACCCCUAGUUAAGAUCCAUGGUGUCAGAAUUGAAUUAAGGAAAGGAGACAUUACUCAAGAAACUGUCAGAGGCAUCGUGAAUACCACCAAUGCUGAUAUCAGCUUAAUAGGAGGUCUGUAUACGGAAAAAAACAAACAUAAAAUGGUACAUUAUUAGCGCACUACAGAAAAUACAGUUUUCGUUCUUCUGUGAAUGUAACUUCCUACCUACAAUGUUUUUUACUUGAUUUAAAAGAUAUUACCUAAUUUUCAACAUGUUAUUUUUAGGAGUUAGUGCGGCGAUUGUCAAAGCAGCUGGGAGCGCAGUUGAACAGGAGUGCAAAACCAUUUGUGAGUUUCUCCCAUCUCCCAUAACAAUUCACCUGUGGUGUAUCACAGCCAUUCAGUCUGUUUCUCUCUCUCUCUCUCGCUCUCUCACUCUCGCUCUCUGUGUGUGUGUGUCGUCUGCUUUAUCCAGGCCCUCUCAGGGCUGAUGCAGCAGGGGUGACCAGUGGUGGGGCCCUUCAGUGUGACUUCAUCCUCCACAUACUGGGGCCCCACUCUGUGGCUGACGCUACACUACGAGUCGCCAAGGUGCUGGAGUGCUGUGAAGACAAACAGAUCACCACCGUGUCCUUCCCUGCUGUGGGCACUGGUAGCUAAUGGUUUAUUAGUCAUUCAGCAUUAUUACAGGUUCUUAAACUGUUGUUAUUUAAAACUCUGAAUUACCCCAUCAGAUAAUGUUAACAUGGUCCUCUGUAGCUCAGCUGGUAGAGCACGGCGCUUGUAACGCCAAGGUAGUGGGUUCGAUCCCCGGGACCACCCAUACACAAAAAUGUAUGCACACAUGACUGUAAGUCGCUUUGGAUAAAAGCGUCUGCUAAAUGGCAUAUUAUUAUUAUUAUUAUAAUAAUUGUUUUAGGCUCCCACCAUGCUGCCAUUUUCAAUUGUCACAUUCAAAAUAUAGUCAUCCAUUGGUCCCCUUGUUGUCCUGUUUUUCAGCUACACCUGAUGCAGUUAAUUUUGUAUCAUUCCCAUUGUAGGUGGUGGUGGCCUUAGCGGCACAGACUCUAUUGGUGCCAUCCUCCAGGGCAUCCAGGAUCAUCUAUCCCUGUACUCCUCUUCUACCAUCAUUAAACUGAUCUACAUCGUCGUCUAUGAGGAGAAGAUCCUGCAGGAGUUUCAGCUGGGGCUCAACCAGUGGAAGACAAGCCAGAUGGUACAGUAUGUUUAGGAAAUACAAAAAUGAAAAAACGCAUAAUGUACUAACCUUUCCUUACCAACUAAAUGUAAGCGUCAUUGUGAUUCUAAAACCAGGUGGAAGACGACAGUGACGAUGAUCUUGAGGAUGAUCUUCAUGGUGAUGAAGAUGACAGUGAUAUGGGGGACACCAACUCGGUGGAAGAAGAUGACACCAGUGUUCAGACAGGUUCGUACAAUUCCAGUCUGUUACAAAAUGUGUGCUGCUGCUAGAUGUCUGCUACUUAUCCUUUCUCUGUGAAUCCCUUUAUCCAGGAAACACAAUUGAAGCAAUAAUUGGGCCAGUGAAGGUCAGGGUAGUAUGUGGUGACAUCACUAAGGAGAAAACGGACGCCAUCGUCAGCAGUACAAACUCAAGCCUCGAUCUGAACUCUGGUAAGAUCUCCCCUAAUUCCAACUUUCGAAUCAGCUAAACAUACCUGAGAUUAUUGCAUCAUACAGGUCUUCAGAUGAAGAUUAUACUCAUGUCCUAUCUCACUCUGCAGGUGUAUCAGGAGCCAUUCUAAAAGCAGCUGGACAGACAGUCGUGGAUGAGUGCAAAGCCUUAGGUAUGAGUCUUGAUGUACAUAAAGGAUGUAACGGAUUUACCGAUAUGCAUCGGUCCCCAGUUCAAAUGUCUAAGAUAUGAGUGCAUCGGUCUGUGGAAGCCUAAACCGAUCCAAAUUCAGGCUGUAACACAACAAAAUUUGGAAAAAGUCAAGGGGUGUAAAUACUUUGUGAAGGCACUGUACAUUUUCAACCUCAUACAGAGAUAAGCCAGGUGACGUCACUUCCUGUUGAACGUGGAACGAGGGAGAGCUCGGAAUGUUGUUUUGAAAGUCUCUGAAAAAGUGUUCUAUUGAAAAACUUGAGUUACUAGCUAGCUACCUUUUUGAGUUUGGAUCCCGCGAUGCGGUUGGUUGCUGGGAUACUAUCUGUCCAGGGAUCCUGCCGACCAAGGCCGGGUCUGAGGAGCUGUUUGACGUAGCAGCUAGCAGGGUUUCCUUGAGGGCAUGAACGCAGCCCACGACGCGGUUAGCCCUUGUGGCUGGGAACGCAGAUUGUCCCGGGCUUGGGACUGUCUAGAUCCCUGUUGUUUGUUGCUGGUUCCAUCUUCCCUGCGACCUGCCCUGUCUGGAACUGCAAGGAGUAACCAUGACAAAGACCAAAGCCGGUGGGAGUACUCUUGAGGACAGUGGUGUCUCUCUAUCACAGGUGAAAGAUCUUUUAAACGAACAAAAAGUUCUACAAGCAGUUGUUACAACAAAAAGAAAAUAGCUUCAAGUGUUGUGUCCAAAUACUGGUGAAGUCAACUAAUAAAAGAAUAGAUGACCUGACCAGAGAGGUCCAGGACCUGAAGAACAGUUUACAGUUCUCCCAGGGUCAGCUCGAUGAGUUUAAAGAGGAAAACGGCAAGAGGACAGCAAUCUGUAAGUCAUUGAGAGAGGACAUCAGUUCUGUAUGUGAAUCCAUGAUAACAAUGAAAUCAGACUAUCUCGAGGGACAAUGAAGGCAGAACAACAUUGUUGUGGACGGAAUUGCCGAAUCUCCACGAGAUCUGGACGGAGUCUGAGGACAAAGUGAGGGAAAUGAUCUCAGAGAAACUGAAGAUGGACAACAGGAAGAUUGAGGUGGAGCGCGCCCAUAGGAUUGGAAAACUGACCACCGGCCUAGGUGACAGGCACAGGCCAAUAGUGGUCAAGUUCCUGAGGUUCAAGGACAAGGUAGCUGUUCUGGAAACAAACACUAGGAACAAGAUCAUCCACAUGUAUUGAUCACAUUUUUACUAGUACUGUAGAACUUUGUUCUAAAGCUGUAUCCGUACCCAUUGGCUAUAUCCAGGAAAGCCAAAGUUCCAAAAGCUUGGCCUAAAAUAGUGUGUAAGAGAUCAUACAAAAGAUUUUGCUUUGACUCCUAUGUUGAUGAUGCACUUGAUGCACUUGAUGAAUUUAUGAAAUUACUUCUUCCAAUUAUUCAUAAACAUCCACCUGUUAAGAAACUGACUGUUAGAACUGUUAAGGCUCCAUGGAUUGAUGAGGAAUUGAAAAACUGUAUGGUUGAAAGAGAUGGUGCAAAAGGAGUGGCUAAUAAGUCUGGCUGCGCAUCUGACUGGCUGACUUACUGCAAAUUGAGAUAUUAUGUGACUAAACUCAACAAAAAGAAGAAGAAACUGUAUUAUGAAGCCAAGAUCAAUGAUAUAAAGAAUGGUUGAAAAACAGUUUGGACUACAUUAUAUGAAAAUAUGGGUAGAAAGACUAAUUCAACGCCAUCUUUCAUCGAAUCAGAUAGCUUAUUCAUAAAAACCAUUUAAUGUUGCCAAUUAUUUUAAUGAAUACUUCAUUGGCAAAGUGGGCAAACUUAGGCAGGAAAUGCCAACAACGAACAGUGAGCCAUGCAUGAAAAAAAAACAAUAAUGAAAGAAAAGCAUUGUAAAGUUAGUAUGGGAGAGGUGGAAAAAUGAUUAUCUAUCAAUAAUGACAAACCUCCUGGCAUUUACAACAUACACAUUUUUAGCAGAUGUUAUUGCGGGUGUAGCGAAAUGAUUGUGUUCCUAGCGCCAACAGUGCAGCAGUAUCUAACACUUAACAACAAUACACACAAAUCUAAAAGUAAAAGAAUGGAAUUAAGAAAUAUAUAAAUAUUAGGACGAGCAAUGUCGGAGUGGCAUUGACUAAAAUACAGUAGAAUAGAAUCCAGUAUAUACAAAUUAGAUGAGUAAAGCAGUAUGUAAACAUUAUUAAAGUGACUAGUGUUCCAUUAUUCAAGUGGCCUGUGAUUCCAUGUCUAUAUAUAUAGGACAGCAACCUCUAAGGUGCAGGGUUGAGUAACCGGGUGGUAGCCGGCUAGUUAUGGCUAUUUAACAGUCUGAUGGCCUUGAGAUAGAAGCUGUUUUUCAGUCUCUCGGUCCCAGCAUUGAUGCACCUGUACUGACCUCGCCUUCUGGAUGAUAGCGGGGUGAACAGGCCGUGGCUCGGGUGGUUGAUGUCCUUGAUGAUCUUUGUGGCCUUCCUGUGACAUCGGGUGCUGUAGGUGUCCUGGAGGGCAGGCAGUGUGCCCCCGGGGAUGCGUUGGGCAGACCGCACCACCCUCUGGAGAGCCAUGCAGUUGCGGGCGGUGCAGUUGCCGUACCAGGCGGUGAUACAGCCCAGCAGGAUGCUCUCAAUUGUGCAUCUGUAAAAGUUUGUGAGGGUCUUAGGGGCCAAGCCAAAUUUCUUCAGCCUCCUGAGGUUGAAGAGCUGUUGCGCCUUGUUCACCACACUGUCUGUGUGGGUGGACCAUUUCAGAUUGUCAGUGAUGUGUACGCAGAGGAACUUGAAGCUUUCCACAUUCUCUACUGCGGUCCCGUCGAUGUGGAUAGGGCGUGCUCCCUCUGCUGUUUCCUGUAGUCCACUAUCAGCUCCUUAGUUUUGAUGACGUUGAGGGAGAGGUUAUUUUCCUGGCACCACUCCGCCAGGGCCCUCACCUCCUCCCUGUAGGUUGUCUCGUCAUUGUUGAUAAUCAGGCCUACUACUGUUGUGUCGUCUGCAAACUUGAUGAUUGAGUUGGAGGCGUGCGUGGCCACGCAGUCAUGGGUGAACAGGGAGUACAGGAGGGGGCUGAGCACGCACCCUUGUGGGGCCCCUGUGUUGAGGAUCAGCGAAGUGGAGGUGUUGUUUCCUACCUUCACCACCUGGGGGCGGCCCAUCAAAGUCCAGGACCCAGUUGCACAGGGCGGGGUUCAGACCCAGGGACCUGAGCUUAAUGAUGAGCUUGGAGGGUACUAUGGUGUUGAAGGCUGAGCUAUAGUCAAUGAACAGCAUUCUUAUGUAGGUAUUCCUCUUGUCCAGAUGGGAUAGGGCAGCGCGAUCGUGAUUGCAUCGUCUGUGGAUCUAUUGGGGCAGUAAGCAAAUUGAAGUGGGUCUAGGGUGUCAAGUAAGGUAGAGGUGAUAUGAUCCUUAACUAGCCUCUCAAAGCACUUCAUGAUGACAGAAGUGAGUGCUAUGGGACUAUAGUCAUUCAUCAAAUCAAAUCAAAUUUUAUUGGCCACAUGCGCCGAAUACAACAGGUGCAGACAUUACAGUGAAAUGCUUACUUACAGCCCUUAACCAACAGUGCAUUUAUUUUUUAUAAAAAAGUAAUAUAAAACAACAACAAAAAAGUGUUGAGAAAAAAAGAGCAGAAGUAAAAUAAAAUAACAGUAGGGAGGCUAUAUAUACAGGGGGGUACCGGUGCAGAGUCAAUGUGCGGGGGCACCGGCUAGUUGAGGUAGUUGAAGUAAUAUGUACAUGUGGGUAGAGUUAAAGUGACUAUAUGCAUAAAUAAUUAACAGAGUAGCAGCAGCGUAAAAAGAUUGGGUGCAAAUAGUCUUAUGGCUUGGGGGUAGAAGCUGUUGAGAAGUCUUUUGGACCUAGACUUGGCACUCCGGUACCGCUUGCCGUGCGGUAGCAGAGAGAACAGUCUAUGACUAGGGUGGCUGGAGUCUUUGACAAUUUUGAGGGCCUUCCUCUGAGGGCCUUCCUUUGAGGGCCUUCCUCUGGUCCUGGAUGGCAGGAAGCUUGGCCCAAGUGAUGUACUGGGCCGUACGCACUACCCUCUGUAGUGCCUUGCGGUCGGAGGCCAAGCAGUUGCCAUACCAGGCGGUGAUGCAACCAGUCAGGAUGCUCUCGAUGGUGCAGCUGUAUAAUUUUUUGAGGAUCUGAGGACCCAUGCCAAAUCUUUUCAGUCUCCUGAGUGGGAAUAGGCUUUGUCGUGCCCUCUUCACGACUGUCUUGGUGUGUUUGGACCAUGAUAGUUCGUUGGUGAUGUGGACACCAAGGAACUUGAAGCGCUCAACCUGUUCCACUACAGCCCCGUCGAUGAGAAUGGGGGCGUGCUCAGUCCUCUUUUAGUUCAGUUACCUUUGCUUUCUUGGGUACAGGAACAAUGGUGGACAUCUUGAAGCAAGUGGGGACAGCAGACUGGGAUAGGGAGAGAUUGAAUAUGUCCGUAAACACUCCAGCCAGCUGGUCUGCGCAUGCUCUGAGGACGCGGCUAGGGAUGCCGUCUGGGCUGGCAUUCUUGCGAGGGUUAACACGCUUAAAUGUCUUACUCACGUCGGCCACGUAGAACGAGAGCACACAGUCCUUGGGAGCGGGCCACUUCGGUGGCACUGUGUUAUCCUCAAAGCGGGCGAAGAAGGUGUUUAGCUUGUCCGGGAGCAAGACGUCGGUGUCCGUGACGUGGCUGGUUUUCCCUUUGUAAUCCGUGAUUGUCUGUAGACCCUGCCACAUACCUUUUGUGUCUGAGCCGUUGAAUUGCGACUCCACUUUGUCUCUGUACUGACAUUUUGCCUGUUUGAUUGCCUUACGGAGGGAAUAACUACACUGUUUGUAUUCAACCAUAUUCCCAGUCACCUUGCCAUGGUUAACUGCGGUGGUUCGCGCUUUCAGUUUUGUGCGAAUGCUGCCAUCUGUCCACGGUUUCUGGUUUGGGUAGGUUUUAAUAGUCACAGUGGGAACAACAUCCCCAAUACACUUUCUGAUGAACUCAGUCACCGUGUCCGUGUAUACGUCAAUGUUAUUCUCAGAGGCUACCCGGAACAUAUCCCAGUCCGCGUGAUCAAAACAAUCUUGAAGCAUGGAUUCCGAUUGGUCAAACCAGCGUUGAAUAGAUUUUAGCACAGGUACUUCCUGUUUGAGUUUCUGCCUAUAGGAAGGGAGGAGCAAAAUGGAGUCAUGAUCUGAUGGAAAGCUACUGAGGAUGGUAGCUGACUCUAUGGCCACUCCUGUCUGUCAUAUCUUUAAUCUGAGUCUAGAGGAAGGUGUUUGUCCUCAUGCCUGGAGGGAAGCCACAAGUCAUUCCGCUACCUAAGAGUGGUAAAGCGGCCUUUACUGGUUCUAACAGCAGACCUAUCAGCUUGUUGCCAGCUCUUAGCAAACUGUUGGAAAAAAUUGUGUUUGACCAAAUACAAUGCUAUUUCGCUGUAAACAAAUUGACAACAGACUUUCAGCAUGCUUAUGGAGAAGGGCACUCAACAUGUACCGCACUGACACAAAUUGCUGAUGACUGGUUGAAAGAUUGAUAAUAAGACGGUUGUGGGAGCUGUACUGUUAGAUUUCAGUGCAGCCUAUGAUAUUAUUGACCAUAACCUGUUGUUGAGAACUUAUGUUUUAUGGCUUUUCAGCCUCUGCCAUACCGUGGAUUCAGAGCUAUCUAUCUAAUAGAACUCAGGGGAUUUCUUUAAUGGAAGCCUCUCUAAUGUCAAACAUGUAGGGUGUGGUGUACCGCAGGGCAGCUCUCUAGGCCCUCUACUCUUUUCUAUUUUUACCAAUGACCUGCCACUGGCAUUAAACAAAGCCUGUGUGUCCAUGUAUGCUGAUGAUUCAACCAUAUACGUGUCAGCAACCACAGCUAAUGAAGUCACUGAAACCCUUAACAAGGAGUUGCAGUCAGUUUUGGAAAGGGUGGCCAGUAAUAAACUGGUCCUGAACAUCUCUAAAACUAAGAGCAUUGUAUUUGGUACAAAUCAUUCCCUAAGCUCUAGACCACAGCUGAAUCUGGUAAUGAAUGGUGUGGCUGUUGAACAAAUUACUUGGUGUUACCUUAGAUUGUAAACUGUCAUGAUCAGUGGUUGUAAAGAUAGGGAGAGGUCUGUCCAUAAUAAAGAGAUGCUCUGCUUUUUUGACACCACACUCCAAAAAGCAAGUCCCGCAGGCUCUAGUUUUGUGUUAUCUUGAUUAUUGUCCAGUCAUGUGGUCAAGUGCUGCAAAGAAAGACCUAGUUAAAUUGCAGCUGGCCCAGAACAGAGCAGCACGUCAUGCUCUUCAUUGUAAUCAGAGGGCUAAUAUAAAUACUAUGCAUGCCAGUCUCUCCUGGCUAAGAGUUGAGGAGAGACUGACUGCAUCACGUCUUCUUUUUAUAAGAAACAAUGUGUUGAAAACGUACACACAGCUCUGACACACACACGUAACCCACUAGAUGUGCCACCAGGCGUCUUUUCACAGUCCCCAAAUCCAGAACAAAUUCAAGAAAGCGUACAGUAUUAUAUAGAGCCAUUAUUGCAUGGAACUCCCUUCCAUCUCACAUUGCUCAAAUGAACAGCAAACCUGGUUUUAAAAAAAAUAGAUAAAGCAACACCUCACGGCACAACGCCUCUCCCCUAUUUAACCUAGAUAUUUUGUGUGUAUGUAUUGAUAUGUAGGCUAUGUGUGCCGUUUUCAAAUGCAUGUACUGUAGUUCUGUCCUUGAGCUGUUCUUGUCUAUUAAUGUUCUGUACAUUUUUCAUGUUUUGUGUGGACGCCUGGACGUGUAGCGGCUGCUUUUGCAACAGAUAAUGGGGAUCCUAAUAAAAUACCAAAUACUCUAAUCUGAUAGUGGGGUUUGUAGAUGUUCACAUAGUCUGACCAAUGGCUCGGCUCAGGCGCCUACACACACCAUUGACACACACACACUAACAGAGGGCCACUCUGUCAUCUCGGAUAGAUCCAGCUCAGUGAGGCACAGCUCCUGAGCUCCCAUCAGCAGCAGAUAUUCAUUUAAAAUGGAAAAUGAAUGUGUUAAUGCAAAAAAAGAAUGUGCGUCAAAUUGAACCAAAGCGCAAUGAAUCGUUGCAAACAAAAAAAUAUAUUGUUCCUGUAUCGUAUCGGAGCUCAUGAAAGGAGAGAUAAACAUCCUUAAUAUACAUUAAUUCUAACACAGUAGAAAACGACUUGCUAAUCCUUUUUUCUGUUCUGAUCCCAGGGACCCAACCCAGUGAUGGUGUUGUCAUGACCACGGCUGGGAAUCUCAAGACCAAGCACAUCAUCCACAUGGUGGGACAGACCAAGGAGAAGGAGAUCACCAGCUCCAUGCUUAAAGUGUUAAAGAUGUGUGAAGACAAGAAAAUACAAUCUGUCUCUUUCCCAGCGCUUGGAACAGGUAGGCGUAAUAACAAUCUAGUAUUAUUGUUAAAAACCUUAUAGUGACAUAUAUAUUAUUUGCUAUCCAUGUACUGUAUGACGAUAUAACAAAUAAAUACACUGGACACUAAAGACACAAGUGUCUGUUCUAACAGAUGUGGUAUUGUUUGUGCCCCUGAACAGGUGCUGGUAACUUGGGAGCAGUACAGGUUGGGAAUGCAAUGAUAGCUGCAAUAGCUGAUUUACUGAUAAGCAUCAAAACUCCGUCAGUUACAAUGAUUCAGAUUGUUAUAUUCCAAGCCAAGAUGAUAAAUGACUUUGAGGAGGUUAUGAAAAAGUUCAAGAAGGUGAUCCCCAAGCCUGCAGGUAGGUGUCAGGGUUUUAAGACCAGAGUUGGAGCUGCAACCUUUAACUUAAAGUCCCACUCCAGCUAUUUUUGAACCUGUCUUGUUGAAAAACGACAUUCCAAGUAUAGAUACGUUAAAGUAAACAGACUUAAGGGUCCCAAAAUAUGUUUUGAGCUAAAUUGUUUUUUUUGUUUGUUAUAAUAAUAUAAUAUAAUAUAGUUGACACAAUUGCAAAAUACAAGGGUUUGGCAAUUCAAGGAAUUGGUCUGAUGUUGCACUCUGAUGUCAUCGGCCAAUAGAGCCGCAAUUGAGGACAAAAAAGGAAAGGCCCACCCCCCCACUGUGCCAUGUCAGAGGACACCUGCAACACCUAUUGAGAUGUGCCUUUUGUUAAGUCAAUCAGGUGGAUAAAUUAGGUUCUAAGGAGGACGGAGUGGGUCUUUAAUCAUCAAUAUACCUUUAAGAAUUUGGCUGUAUACAGAAUUGGAUCAUGUUAUUUUUCUGCUUCGUUAAUACAAAACCAAAGCAUAGUGUUGAGUUAUUUCUGGAAGUCUUGUAAGGUUCCUCACAGCACUCUGGAUUUCUUUUUUUAUUCACUCCCAUAGACAAAAAGUCAUCAAGAACCAGAACUGCCAAAACAACCAGACCAACCCAGCCCACCCCUACCAGACCAGGCCUGUGUUUGGCCAGCGCCACAGCAACCGUGGUCUUCCCCAGUAUGGAGGUUGUGGUGUAUGGGCCCUCCCCUGCCAGCCUGACCAAGGUGAAGAAACUCCUGGACGAGCUGAUCUCUGAGGAGUGCAUCAGCCAAGAUGUUCCCUCCUGCCACCUGCCCCUGCUCCUGGAGGCCCAGAAGGAGGCCAUCGUGGCCCUGAGUCAGAAGAACCAGGUCUGUGUCCUGGUGGCGUCCCCAGACAAGAUGACCGUCUCUGGGAAGAAAGACGACGUUCUCUCCGCAGUCCUCCAGAUCAAGGACUAUCUGCAGGGGGCAAGGGACAGGGAGAGCCGGGAGGGAGAGGAGAAGAGGCUGAGGGAGACAGUGCGCUGGGAGGCGGGGGAGGGAGAGACCUGGGGAGAGCUGGACUGUAGUCUUAGCUAUGAUCUGGAGCUGGCCUUCCACAGGAAAGAGAAUAGUUUUAAAUAUAACCACCAGGGGGAGACAUUCACUGUGGACCUGAAGGACAUGCAGCAGACUGACAGCAAAGGGACCAUCACCAGGGUCAAAAGAAGCCUUGUGGCUGACUCUGACACAGGUAAUGCCUCGGUUUAAUGUUUAGGAAAAGGUUUUAUAUUAAAGUAUAGUUUGUAGUUCAUAAAAAUGUAUAAUAUAUACAGUGUCCAAUACAGAACAUUUAAGAGAAUAUUCCUGUCAAACUUCUGUGAUAACUCUCAUGGUGGUGUUUUUACAUUGAUGAUCUGUUCGGCUGUUUUUCAGCCGUCAUUCAGUUCCCACAGAGCUGGACUAGAAUGGAGGGCAAGGAUCUGGAGAUCGUCACACUGGCUCCAAACUCAGGAGAGUACCAGAGAAUUGAGAAAGAGUUCAUUGCAACCAGCAAAAACCCAGAUACUAAUACGCAGCCAACCAUUCAAAUUGUCCAGGUAAAUUAGGUGUUACUGAUAUGAUACAUAGAUUACAUAUAUAACCAGAAGUAAAAUUGAGGUUUUCUCAAUUAUCACUGACAAUAUCUAUAAUGCUUUACCUACAGAUCCAGAGGAUUCAGAGUAAAGACCAGUGGCAGAGGUACGCAGUGAAAAAACAGGCGAUGGAUAAGAAGUAUCCCAAAAACAAGAACGAGCUGAACCUUUACCACGGCACAACCGAAGACAUCUGUCAGAAAAUCAAUACCUGUGGUUUCAACAGGAGCUUCUGUGGGAGAAACGGUACAGAACAAUCUAUUGCCUCAUUACUGCUCCCUUCAGAUAGAUACUGGCAGUGCUCUUUGGAGGAUCUUAAUCAAAGAUUUUGCAAACAAACAAACAGUCUUGUCAUUGUGGUUAUCAUUUUGACUAGAUUCCUGAAGUGGAAGCCCUCAAUUUUCAUUCAGUGUUUAAUUAACCUUGAAUCUGUUUUCCUUUUAGCUACUGUGUACGGCGACGGGACUUACUUUGCCAAAGAGAUGUGGUACUCGUGUCACGAUGCAUACUCCAAACCAGAUGCCAGUGGGCUGAAGUACAUGUACCGUGCCAGGGUGCUGGUGGGUACACCCUGCCUGGGGGUGCGGGGCAUGAAGGAGCCGACCCCCCUGAACCCUGCUGACCUCCGCCAGGGGCUGCAUGACUGUGCCGUCAAUGAUCUACAGAAUCCGUUUAUCUAUGUGGUGUUCUGUGAUGCAGGGGUCUACCCAGACUACCUCAUCAGCUUCAAGACUGUUUGAGAGAUGGAAGGGGUGAUAAAGUCUUAUUUUAAGUACUGCACUGAAACCGCAAUUAAAUACUUAGGCAAGUAGACCUAAUGCCUUAAAAUGCUAGAGUAUUGAUAUUUUCCUAGGUAUCAGGCUAUUUCAUCAGGUUGAAGGUGGGAAAUGCUGCUUUUUAGUUUGGCACAGAGAAGCAGCUAGUCUUCCUGGGGUCCACAUAAAACGUACAAAUACAUGACAAAGUACAGAACAGUAAUAGACAAGAACAACAAGAUAUUAAAAUAAGUAAUAUAUAGGAAAGACCCAGAGACGACAAAAAUACUAUUUACAACGUAAUUCUUAUAUAGAGUUGUGUACAGCCUCUCAGUGGCUAUAUGUAGUUUGUUUUUGAAAUUAUCAUGAUAAUGUUAGCUGGGUCUUUCCACCAAUUCGGUGCCUUUUGAGAAGUGUAACUUGGUCAAAAAAAAGCUUUUGAUUUCACCUAAUUUUAACAUUAUCAUAAAGAGCACAUGCAUGUUCAACUUCAUAAAAAACAAACAUGUUUUUCCCAUUUCAAGAGGUUAAAUAAAAAAAUUACUAUAGUAAUCUUACAUCAGCCAUAAAU